CUCUGUGCGACGCAGAUGAGCGCGAUCGUCGCCGCCACGACCCCCACGCCGCCUUCCUCGACCAAGGGAUUGACCCUGCGAGAGCUCGUCCACGCGAUCGAAGCCGAGUUUGAACACCACGAACGCCUUCCCCUCAACAAGAAGGACGACAUCAAGAAAGCCCUAGCCUCGUUGCACGCCGACUUGGACGAACUCAAGCGCUAUGCGCACUUUGACCCGUCCCGAAACUACACACGCAACCUCAUCGCGACAGACAACCAAACGUACGCCCUCAUGCUGUUGUGCUGGAACAAGGGCAAGUACAGCCCGAUCCACGACCACCCGUCCGACGGGUGCUGGGUCCGUCACAUCCAAGGGACGGUGCACGAAGUUCGAUACUGGAACAACGGCACGAGCCUCGAACAAACGUCGGAAACGUUUGUGUCGGAAGGGGUCACGUACAUGGACGACUCCCUCGGCCUUCACAAGAUUGGGAACCCCAGCGACACGACGGACGCCAUCACACUGCACUUGUACGCGCCCCCGUACGACAAGUGCCGGCUGUGGCUCAACCCCGCGGACGCAACGAAGUCAUCCACGGCCAUGUCCACGUUUUACUCUGAGUUUGGCGAGAUCAACCAGCUCUAAGUAAGGUACAAGCAUGCAGAAAAUCAUCGUCGUGCCCACUACCUCCGUACAAACAAACGUAUUCCCGACAAGGGAGGACCCACUACAUUUCUCUUUCGACGGCUUGAACCGAGACAUGCACGCUUCGGUCGUGAAAGCGCAUCAUAUUCUACUCGGUUUUCGCCAGUGGCUUACGUUGGACCGCGGUGAAGAUCGAAGCCAUGCGUACGACGGCCAUGCAUACGACGAAACACGCAAAAAACGCCGCCACGACGAGCGCAGGUUCCCGGUAGAUGAAGUGACUCGGGUACUCGAACGUGAUGGUGAACGGGGCGUCGUUGUGGGCUGGCACGACGUUGGUCAUCUUGACGAUUACGACGGGACGGCCCAUGUCCGGCGUAUCCAGGAACGAAUGCCGCGUCGUGCGCGCGAUCUCGGCAUGAAAUGGCACCGUCACUUGAAUGUUCGUCGCGCCUUCGGGGAGAAUCACCUUGACAGUGAGGUUGUCGACGGCCGCAUGGUCGACACAAGUCGACAGGACCCCUUCGAGGCGGUACUGGUCGUUGGCAUGCAACAGCACGGACGCCGUCGGAACAGAGUACCCGAGGUAAUACUGCGUCCUCCAUCCGCCAAAGAGCGGGUAUCGCGUGUGCAGCUCGAGCUCCGUCCGGCCGGUCGUUGGGUGAUGGCGGGACGUUGUGAUGUUGCCGAUCACGUCGCGGUAAUAGAUGUUGGUUGCGUGUUCCGG